AUGCGCGUUUCUUCCCUCGUCGCAGCCCUGGCCUCGGCCACCACAGUCUACGCCGCUUGCGCAGCCGAUAACUGCUACAGAAACGUCAAGGGGCAAGAGAUAGGCAGCGCCUUCUGUGCUACAUUCACCACCGACAUCGUCACCGAAACAUCUGGUAUUCCCGCUGGGAUCUCGACAUCCUGUGGUGUGUCGCGCCUUUCCAGUGCCUGCUCCUGCGUCUACCCCUCCACCACCUAUCCCUCCGCCACCACAGGCCCGGGUUGCUUUCAGAAUGUCACCGUCAGCACGAAGACGCUACCUGCAAGCACAGUCAUUAUUACCGCCAGCGCAGAAACGGUGACGCUUCCGCGGGCUACGAUAACUCUUGGCUUCGCCAAUUCGACGGUUACCGUCUUCUCCACAGUUACCAUCACCGAUCCCCCCACCUUCCCAACGAGUAUCACCACUAUCCCAGCAGCCAAUUCUACAUUCACCAGAACGAACUCUACAAUCACCACAACCUUUUAG